AUGAUCUCCGUAACCUCUCUUGGACUUGUUCUUGUAUCACUUUGGGGAGCAAGCACUGUUUCUGCAGCUCAAUCUCUCACUCUGAACACUUUUGGCCCGGCUUCGGUCUCUGAUGUCUCGGCGCUUAAAAUCAUCACAUCCAUCAAGAAUACAGGAACCGAGGCACUUCGUUUGCUCAACGACCCCAACUCUGCACUUUCCACUUGGGAAACGGAUAGCUUUCAUGUUACUCGAGCCGAGUCUAACUUGGUUAGCGGUCCAGCACUGAACUUUACUGGCCUACGCGUCAAGUACAGUCCUAGCGCGGCUGUCAAGACAGGCAAACCUGAGUUAUUUACUGUAAUCGAACCAGGUGCUACAGUCAAUAUCACCCAUAACCUGGGAUCGACCUAUGACUUUUCCGGAAAAGGCGGAGGGGCUGGAAAGUACAAGCUAAAAGCUUCAACGCGUGCGAGGACCUUCCUAUCUGUUGGUGCCGACGGUGCCAUUACAGCCGUGGAGGCGACCGAGGGGCAAAUCGCUGAGGUCGCGGUCAGCGGUCGGCUGUCAGGCCCCAAGCUCCAGCCAGGAUCCAAAGGACCAGCUGUAUCUAAGCGUGCACUCUUUCGGGGAUGCAACGAUGGCCAAAUCGGUGAAAUCAUCACCGCUGCAGAUCGUGCGAACAAUAUGGCUCACGGCGCCCACGGCUUCUUGCGGGAUGGGCCCUGGGCUACUCGGCGAUGGCAGGAGUGGUUCGGAGGCUGGGAUCAGAAUCGAUACAACCUUGUGUUCGGUCAUUUCGAUGCCAUUCGAUUUAAUCCACCAAAUUUUAAAUAUGAUUGUACCUGCACGGAUGAUGGAAUUUAUGCGUAUGUGAUCAUCCCUGGUCAUUUCCAAGAGGUCUACCUCUGUGGCGCAUUCUGGAGAGCACCUAUGGAAGGCACUGAUUCCAAGGCCGGAACGAUCGUUCACGAAGCGUCACACUUCCCUGAAUAUGCCGGUACAUCAGACCACGCCUACGGUCAAGGCGCUUGCCGUGACCUCUCUCGCAACGACCCUAACCGUGCAGCUAUGAACGCAGACUCUCACGAAUACUUUGCCGAGAAUCAACCGUGGUUGGGCCAGUAG